AUGGCCGGCCGAGGCGGUGGAGCUGCUCGCAAGACACUGCUUGCACCGAUUCACUUCAUCUUCAAGCUCCUACAACAGCGUUCUACAGUCUCUGUCUGGCUUUAUGAGCAGUUGGCAUUCCGGAUAGAGGGAAAGAUCAGGGGAUUCGAUGAGUUCAUGAACUUGGUCAUUGACGACGCGGUGGAAGUCAGACAAGCUACAAAGACUGAGGAAGAGAAGCGCAGGCCACUUGGCCAGAUUUUGCUCAAGGGUGACAAUGUGUCGUUGAUCCAAGCCGUUUAA